AUGUGCCACUUACCAGUGGGAAUUGAGCACCGAGCGUACUGGGCAGUUCAACAUGUUAACAUGGAUGCUAGAGCCUGUGAGGAGGAAAGGAAGCUGCAACUACAGGAGCUGGAAGAACUCAUAUUGGAGUCAUUUGACUCAGCCAUGUGGUACAAGGAGAAAACGAAGAUGUGGCACGACAAAAAUCUUAGGACCAAGGAUAUCCAAGUUGGCCAGAAAGUACUACUCUUCCAUUCGAGACUGAAGCUAAUGCCUGGGAAACUCUGGUCAAAAUGGGCAGGACCUUACAUUAUCUCCGCACUACGUGCUAAUGGAGCGGUCGAGAUUUCAGGGAGUAUCCCUAAUUCUGAACCUUUUGUCGUAAAUGGGCAUAGGUUGAAAAUAUAUAGGGAAAAUGCAGAGAUGUGUGUAGUGGAAGAAAUUCCUACAUUUUAUUAG